AAAAAAAGCUGCAUUUUCUAUUGAUUUUUUACCGGAAACUGCACACUAAAUUCUUUUUAGACUACACUUUCUUCGCUUUCCUUCUCUUUGGGCCUUUACUUAUUUCACUCAUUGAACCAACUUUCCCAUUCAUUCAUUUUGUAAUCAGAAUCGCGUUUUGGGAAUCGAAGGCAAACACUUAAACAACAUCAACGAAUGCUGACCAUAUUCACCAAAGGAUCAAAUCCUUUUCCUCCAUUUUAUUCGAGUGGGGAAUUUUCGUUCACUACUCCACUUUUCCUAACGCCAACUGUACUCCUUGUUUUUAUCCUUUUCGUUGGCUCUAUACGUUAUUUAUAUACAAAACAUGUUUCUUGGCAAGACAUUUCUAGUCCAUUCGUACCACGAGAGAGGAGACUCUCUCCUCUCUCUAAAUUGAUUAUUGGUUUAUCGUGUACUGUAACGGCCACAUUCUUGAUUGAUGCCUUCGUGCUUAUCACCAGAGUCUUUCUCGAAGAAGGAUUGUUGUCCAUUAUGCUCCUGUACUAUAUUGGUGCUUCGUGGGUAGCUUGGGUUAUUGCUUUAGCCUGUUUGAUGGAUGAAUCACACAAAUUUUCCAAGUGGUAUUGGAUUCAAUACACUUUUUUCGCUUUAGCAACUGCUGGUGACACGGUAGUCGCUUGGUUAUGGGCCGUUGGUGUUUGCAAGCCAAGACCAGGUUCGAUCUUCACUAUUUAUGACAACUUACUUUUGGGAAUAUUUAUUGUACGAUAUGUACUUGAGUCAUCAAUAUUUAUCUUAUCAAUUGUACAACUGAUGAACACCAAGCGCCAUAUUCGCCGAUCCUCAGAAACUUCACCUUUACUUGGGAAUGCUUCAAAUUAUGGAGCAACUAUCAGUAAUAACGCAGCCGAUGAAGUUAUCACAACAUCAAAAAUGGAUGAAAAUCGUAGCGGUUAUCACGACUUUUUCAACAAGCUCAGAAAAGUAAUGCCUUAUAUUUGGCCCCACAAUGACCAUAAAUUGCAAUAUUUGGUUAUAGUCUGUUUUCUCCUCAUGAUUUUCGGCUUGUCAAUCAAUGUCUUUACGCCUUUGCAAAUUGGUUCCGUAGUCGACAAAUUCAACAAAGAACCAGAAACCUUUGCUUGGGCAGCUGUUUUAAUUUAUGUUGGCUUCAAGUUCUUACAAGGCGGUUCAGGUCUUAUUCAGGCUUGUCAGAAUUGGUUAUGGAUUCCCAUCGGACAGUUUACCACGCGUGAAAUUUCUAUCAAAUUCUUUGCCCACCUCCAUAGUUUAUCAUUACAUUAUCACAUUAAUCGUAAAACUGGUGAGGUAUUACGUGUUGUCGAUAGAGGUACCAACAGUAUUGUCAAUAUUUUAUCACAAAUUUUGUUCCAAAUCGUUCCUGCUCUAGCCAACAUCUUGAUCGCCGUUGUUGUAUUUUCCGUGAGGUUCUCGUUACCUUUCGGUCUCAUUGUGUUUAUUACAAUGGCACUCUAUCUUUACGUUACCAUAACUAUGACAGAAUGGCGUAAUGCUUUCCGUCGGAAGAUGAUUGAAUUGGAUCACGUAGCUCGUGGCAUCGCUGUGGAUUCGUUAUUAAACUUUGAAACCGUCAAGUACUAUAAUGCAGAGGGAUUCGAAGUUAGACGUUAUCAUGAUGCGAUUAUUGAAUCUCAAAAGGCUGAUUACAAAAAUUCGGUUUCCUUGAAUGUACUUAACUUGGCACAGAAUGCUGUUAUCACAUCAGGGCUCUUGGCAGGUUCCUUGCUGUUCGCUUACGAAGUAUCUCUUGGUAAGUUGACUGCUGGUGACUUCGUCUCGUUCAACGUUUAUAUGAUGCAGUUGUAUACACCACUUCAUUUCUUUGGAACCUAUUAUCGUAUGCUUCAGCAAAAUUUCAUUGAUAUGGAAAAAAUGUUUGAUCUAUUCGAAGUCGAAGAAACAGUAAAGGAUGCAGAAAAUGCAGUUGAAUUAUAUGUUACUGAGGGCCAUGUCAAGUUCGACAAUGUUUCCUUCUCUUACGAUCAGCGCCAAACUGCCUUAAACGGUAUAUCCUUCACUAUUCCUAAGGGCGCUACAGUUGCUUUAGUGGGCCCUUCUGGUGGUGGUAAAUCUACAAUCCUCCGUCUUUUAUUCCGUUUUUACGAUCCGCAAUCUGGUCAUAUUUAUAUCGACGGUCAAGAUAUUGCUAGUGUGAAGCAAGCUUCUUUACGAAAGAACAUUGGCGUUGUACCCCAAGAUACCGUUUUGUUCAAUGAUACCAUUCUUUAUAAUAUUCGUUAUGGUGAUGUAAAUGCAUCUGAUGAAGACGUCUACCGUGCUGCUAAAGCUGCACAGAUCCAUGACCGCAUUUUGUCCUUCCCUGAUGGUUACAAUACCAAGGUUGGUGAACGAGGUCUUCGUCUCAGUGGUGGUGAGAAACAGCGUGUCGCUAUUGCCAGGACCAUUUUAAAAAAUCCUCCUAUUAUUCUCUUGGAUGAGGCUACUAGUGCUUUGGAUACAACCACAGAGCGUAAUAUUCAAGAAGCUUUGGCUGAUAUGACAAAGGACCGCACAACCUUAGUUAUUGCCCAUCGACUUUCGACUAUCAUCAACGCAGAUUUAAUUUUAGUUAUUAAGGAUGGCAAAGUAGUUGAAUCGGGCAGCCACGAGUCUUUAUUGCGUGGUGCUCAAACUGGUCAAAAUGAUGGAAUUUACAGAGAAAUGUGGCAGAAACAACUUGAUGAUGUUCAUGAUGAUAAUCAAAGUGCAACUGUUAGUGGAGCAUCAACUCCUAAAGAUAAAUCAGCUGAAACAAGCGGUAUAGCUCCUGUCAUUAUUGACCAACCUAUGAAACAGGUUGUUAUCGAAAAAAUAACCGAGCCAGUAGUAACAGAUACGCCUCCCUCAAAAUCUGCUAUCAAAGAAGGCCUGAAUGAAGAGGUUACGAAGCAAUCUUUAAUUGAUGAAACAAGAAAUGAUACACAGAGAAAGUCUAAUCAAGACAAUGCAGUGAUUGAAGAAACAAAAGAACUCGAUAAAGCACAGGUUUUCUGUGAGAGUAGCCCAUCAGCACAAGAUAAGGAGGAAAUAGACAACAUUGAUACUCAAAAUGAAGAAGUGGAUAUUGAAGAUCAGAAUUCAGAACUGACCUCAAGUCAGAAUGGUUUCGAUAAAGAAGAUGAACAAGGCGAAAACGAAAUUGAUGACACCGAUAAGGCCAAUACAGACGAUGUGAACACAGAUGAUAUCACCUUAAAGAAGAAUGAGAGCACGUCAACUUCGGGCGGUAACAAUAAAUCGCGUCGAAAUAGAAGAAGAAAGAAUAGACGAGGCAAGAAAUAAACUUAAUAAUUCAAUACGAGUUUAAAUUCAGACAGUUCAUUUGGACGAUUCAAUUAAUUCUUCAGAUGUUCAGCUUAUCUUUUUUGAAUAAAUAAAAAAAGAACAAAUUAGACAAGAUAAGCGUUGGUUUGAGAAUAUGAAUUUGUCAUUAGACUUUUUUUUUAAUCUGUAACUAAUCAUGGCUUUUCCCAACUCCCAACACUUUUCUUGGUCAGCGGAGUCCAUCUCGGCCUCCAAGCCCAAGAAUCAUUCUAAACGCUCCUAUGCCCAAGUGGUCACGGCAUCUAAACGUGUUUCGCUGAUGCAUAAAGGCAUCGAAGCUCCUGAUAUUGAUGAAGGCACGACUUAUAGUCGCCUUCAAACACGUGUCUAUAGGUCCUCACGUACAAUGGGGGCCUUUUUAUUAUCUAUUUCAUCGGUUCUC